CUCCCAAAAGAAAAGCUACUAUAUUCUUAAUCUCAUUAAAGAACGUUCGAUUUUACUUCUUGUUUUAUUUACUUAGCAAUGAGCUUUCAGCAAAGCCUUCUUUUUCUUUAUUCUGUAAAUGCAAUUAUAAUCUGUUACUUCUGUGACUUCGUCGUAAAGGAAGAUUUUAUAGAUCCACUAACUCGCAUUCUUCCUCUUCAAAUCAAUGAAAGGAUAGAAGUACACAAAAUAAAAGUGUAAAAGAUAAUUAAAGGAACUGACAUUGGAGUUUCUGUUGGAUGUUAGCCUUGUUUAGAUUGAACGUAACAAAGCGUUGUGGCAUGGUCUUGAGGUUUUACCAAACACAAAGUAUUAUUUAUCAAAAGAAUGGAGAGUCAAGCUACAAAAGAACAAGAAGAAAAAGGUCGUAGCUAUAAUGAUUUGAGGACAAAGCUUUGGUCGGUUUCAGAAAAUUCUGAACCGACGUUACCUUCAACAAAGCUUUCAAGGAAGUUCCCUCAAAACCGAUUAUCGCAAAAGUUACUCCCUUUAAAAAUAUCGACGUCUUCCCUUCCUAACAAAAGAAAUGAUGAUUAUGAAGCCUCUGAUCAAUGUUUGUCUCCUCAUCAUUCUAUUCUACCAUCUCCUUCUAACGUUAUUGGCAACCAGCCAUAUCCAAAUGGCCCUGUAUGUAUUUAUCCUCCAAAUAUAUAUCUUUAUGCGAAGCCCUCUAUGCCGAUCUUACAGUCGUUUGAUGUCGUCGUCAAUGUCGCCAAAGAGGUAGUGCAACCAUUCACCAGUGAAGGUCGCUGCUACAGGGAUUCCAAAUAUAACCUGGAUAUCCGCGUAUUCGAUUGCCUUGAGUAUAUCCACAUACCAUGGGAACACGAUUCGCAGUUUUUAAUUGAACUGGAUCAAUUGGUGUCAUUCGUUACCAAUCAAGCACUUUAUUUGAACAAGCGUGUCUUGAUAAACUGUCAAAUGGGUAUUUCAAGAUCUGCAUGUCUUGUUAUCGCAUUUAUUAUGAAGACUUUAAACCUUAAUGUUUCUGAUGCGUAUGAAUAUGUCAAGCAACGGUCCCCUUGGAUUGGUCCUAAUAUGUCUUUAAUUUUUCAGCUCUCAGAGUAUCAGCAGAUCAUCCAUAAAGGUACGAACUCAACAUCUCGGCCUACGAACUCUUCCUUUUUUCCGGAAAAACCGUAUACAGCACAACUUCCUCUUUCCUCUACAACUUCGACUGAUUCUCUAACAUAUCCGGCUUUACGAAAAACUAAAAGCAGUGGCAGUAUGAACAAUGAAUCCCCGUGAGACCGUUCUGCUUUAUCCCGCCCUAUUCAUCAUCUUUUGUUUUUGACGAAUGUUCUUACGCUUCUUUGUAUCUUUCGAUACCGUACAGUUUUUUUAACACACUCCUAACGCUUUCUAAUUUAUUUAAUUUUACGCUCGUUUUAGAAAAUUGGAUCUUGAGUCAAAUUGAUCAUUAACUAACACCAUAGCAUGUGUGGUCUUUGGUUUUACAGUCUUGUUCUUCCUGAAAGAGUUGCUCAUUGUAUUCUAAUUGGACCCCCGUAAUUAUAAUUCUUUUCUCUUCUCUUAUAACGGACAAAAUUACAGUCAUUCGGUCCGUUAAAUUUUGGCUACUAGCUAAUAAUCAACUAACUUCCUAAAGAUAGCUAGUUAUAGAUAUCUACCAGCUUUGAAUAAACAUUAUAUAAAACGAAAUGAGUACAAACGAUGGAUAAUGUGUUUUGUUUGGAACUAUUGAUGGGCUGGAAGAACGGUCUUUCUUUGUAAGAAGAAAGAUGUGAAUAAUUCUUGCUAACUGUCAUUCUCUUCAUGGAAAAGUUGUAUAAACGCAGCGUCAAUUUUGAUUGUGUAUAUAGAAAAAUUAUUUUGUUGCUAAUAUAAAUAAAUGCAUGAAUCGUUAAAAUCA